AUGCGCGCCGCAGAAGCUACGUGGAUUCUAACCGCGGGAAUAAUAUUGGGAUAUAUAACAGGGACGUCCGCAUUGUCCGGAGGCAAAUCUGGAGAUUUGGAGAAGUCAGAUAUGUUGGAUCUCGAUGUGUCGGACGAGGACGGCGGGAUGAUUGCGCAAAAGGUGAUUGUUACGGUUUUGACGAGCGCAUCUAUUCUUGAAGUAGAAGAAAAGCAGCUCGAGAAAGAUCUGGGCAACGAGAAACCACCGCAUCAGGAAAUUUCGAUCGUUACAGUCACCAGCGAGUCCGCAGUCGUUAUAACAUACCCAAAAAUUACCGAAGCACCAUCGUUAUUCAAACGCAAAAUAGGAUCGAAUCGAUGGGAUCUGAUACACGAGGAUAUUCAAGGGCGAAAACGCGAUGCUACACAAUGUCCUGUCGAUUACCAGCUAUGUCCAGAUGAUGUUGGCGGGGGAUGUUGUCCGAAUGAUCGAGUUUGUGGAAAAGAGAGCUGUCUACCUACAAGUGCAGCUCCUGCCUCGGCUUGUGGAAAGUUAGGAUAUACUGCCUGCGCGCUCGCAGAAGGAGGUGGAUGUUGUCCAAGCGAUUAUGUAUGUGGUCAAGCAGGAUGCAGCCCAUCUGCAGGAGUGUCGUACACUCAAUCGUGCGCAGCAAGUUCAUAUCUGUGUCCGGCGUCGUUAAAUUACGGGUGCUGUAAGAGCGGAAUGGGAUGUGCUUUGAAUGGUUGCUACACUACCAGCAUUUCGACCUAUACUUUAUUGGAAACUGUUGUUACCACAGAUUCCAAUUCUAAAGUUCAAACAGUCACAAAUACCAGAGUCACAGCAACCACCCCCGUCCAGCCAUCUGGUACCGCUUCUUCUGAUGCAGGAAUGAUCCCCAAAAUAGCAUCCUCUGCUGUGGCUAUCGCGAAAGUAACGGCAACUGGAACGGCAUCUCCCAGCACCGGGCUGACAAAGUCACAAAUUGGAGGCAUCAUUGGAGGCUCAAUAGCUUUCCUCGCGAUUAUUCUAAUUGCGGCGACUUUAAUCCUUCGACGUCUUAACAAGGUUGCUCAAGUGGCCGCCACACGUUCUCAAAAGUCAUCUAGCGGUCCUCGAUCGGGGCCAUCGCGACAGAGAGGCCCACCUCCAAUGGCUCCACGUGAUGUGGAUGCAAUGUCAGUAGAUCCAUUAAUGAUGGCUCCAUCAGAGGCAACAAGCAGCGUUCACGGAUUGUCGUACAGAUCGAGUCCAUGGGGCUCUGCACACGAGGUGGAAGCAAACUCUCCACCAAUGUUCAACAACAGUCCUUUCACGCCGCAAACACCUGCUCAUUCGCAUUAUCCCCGCGGAUAUGCGCCUGUUUCGGCGUCAGAAGCUGGAUCAGCUAAUCGUAACAACUCUCUGGACACAACACCACCAUCAUCCAUUAACCCUAAUCGAGGAUACUUCGAUCUUCCGAUCCAGUCCAAUCGAGACUCUCAGGUAUCUCCUCGUCGUCCGAGCCAUCACGGCAGGAAUUGGAGCAACGCUAGUGAUCAAAGUGGAGUAAGUCAGAUCUCUGACCCUGCUGAAUUAGAUGGAGAUCAAGACACCUCUCGACGGUCUAGUCUUUCGCGGGCCUUGUAUGGCCUCGGUAUGGGUCGCAUGAUUAGCGGAAGAAGACGCAGCGAUCCAAAUACCAACACCCUUACAGGUGGACCGCAGAAGAAAGGAGAAUACUCAUCGCCUGCGUCUCCUGCAUUACACCACAUACCAGAAGCUGCCGAGAGCCACGACAAUGUCAAUUACUCUCAACCUCCGACGACAACGAGGCAGAGAGGGCUAAGCGGUACACAAUUACGGGAAGCUGGAUUGAGCAAUUCUCAGCUGAGAGAAAUGACCAUGAACGAUACCAAUCUUUACAUUUCACCAGUACCUAAGCCAACACCAAAGGAUUAUGAUGAUGUCAAUGGGGAGGGAAAGUCAAGGAUAUACGGGUAA